AUGUCUCGACGAUCAUCCAUCUUCGGAAGAUUGGGCCGCUCAACCUCAUCGGCGACGGCAAGCAUUGCAACCAGCAACGAGAAAGAUGGACAGGAAAUCGAUGGCAAGCUCGCACCGCCCCCGGCCUACACCACCGUCGACGAGUCAGCUACGGCGGACUUGACAGCUGCCUUUGACCAACUGAGCCUUUCCAACGCGGCUUCCGACCCAACUGUCGAGACAUGUCUUGCCCACCUGAAGCUACUGUUCGCCAUCCAGUCGAUAAAGGAAGAGGUCGGCUAUACAGAUGGACUCUGGGGACUGUGGGACGCUCUUGCCGGACCCCUCGACCAACUCGAACACGCAUAUGCCGAUUCCAAGAAGACUCCUUCUGACUCCAAGAAACCCUUUGGUGAUGGCCCAACGGAAGAUGAGGAAAAGACCGCCAUGAAGACACUCGAGAAUCUGAGCAAGAUCCGCGAGAAGCGAUGGGCCUUGUUCCUUGCCAGAGCCACCCAGAGAUACGAGGCGUGGUGGAAGUCGCUGCCUGGCCAGCCAUUGACGGAAGAGGACAUGGAGGAAGACACAUCCUAUGGAUACGAAGCAUUUCCCACGGAUGACAGCGCUACCUUUGACUGGAGUGAGGACAAGUUACCUCCUCUUGAUGUUCUGAUGGUCUGGCAUACCCAUAUGCUCAACCCCCGUGCCUUCCUCGAAGAUGCCAUGCUAGCUGGCUUGAGAGGCUUCUGGAACAGAGGACUCCCGUGGCACUUGAUCAACGCGGCUAUCGACUCGGACUUUAGCUACAACGUAUCGGAUCAGUGCAAAGCCCAAUGGACGAGCAAAACCGGCCGCUAUUGGGACAACCAAGCCGACCCACUCGUCAAACACAUGCAAUGCCCCAAAUGCAACAAUCCUUUGUUAAUUCCCUGGACAACAUGCUCUCGGCCUGAAGACUUUUAUGAUGAAAUCGAGCCCCUGGACCUGACUGGUACUGGCUUUGGUGACGGCAACCUCAAGCAUUUGUGCGAGAAAUGUGGUUUCGUCAUCUGUAAGGAAGCGCUUUGUGCUUUCAAGUUUGUCAAAGACGUCGAGGCUCUACUUGGGCCUGCAAACCGGCCGAUCCCAGGCACCAUACUGGAAACCACGACAGGGAGACCUGCGACAGUGCCGCCCGAGCCUGAGAGGUCCAUCUACCCUCGCACCUUUCCCAACCGUCUUCUCAAAAGUGGAUGCAACUCUAUUCGCACAAAGGUGACCACGCUCAUGACCUCCAAGCCUGACCCUACUAUGCAAGACAUCCGUGUCGAAAUCGAAGCAAUUCUUGGGAACAGCGCCUGGCUGAGGGAGAUCAACAAGUACCUGAGCCACAGGGGCGCGGCAUACAGGGUUGGCCGUUCCAGUAAGCUCGCCAUACGCAAAAUGAUGGCCCAUUAUUGGGAGAACUUCAGCCCCUUUGCCCUCGACCUUGCUGGAGCCGUUGUACGUCAAGGCAUCUUCAUCGAAAAGAUGUAUAAGAUCGACUGGCUGCACAGCCCUUCGGCAACGGACACUAUGAAACGCCUUCUGCUCAAAUAUGUCCGUUUCUUCAUCAUCAUGCAGAAGAAUCCAACCAAAAUGGCUGUCCCUACGCUGGAUAUCGAUCUCGCUUGGCACACGCACCAGUUGAGCCCAAGCAAGUACUACGAAUACAGUACUGGCAAAACCGACAAGUUCAUCGACCAUGAUGACAAGGUUGAGGAGGGCAGAUUGAGCGAGCAAUUCGAGUGGACCAGCAAGGAGUAUCAGGAUACAUAUAAUGAGGUGUACAGCGAGUGCACCUGCUGGUACUGCGAGUCUAUUCGGACCUCACACGUGAACUCUCUCGGUAAAGUGCUGGGUGUUUCCAAGUCAGAGAAAAUCGCCGAAUCCUUUCACACCUCCGGGCAAGCCCAGCUCUGCCCACCCGACAAAUCCGCCCAUAUCUCCUCGCACAACGCCGUGAUGCUCCAUGUUGAUCCUUCCCAGAAGGACCUAACCACCCAGAACCUCGUGCGCAUGCAAUUCGCCGCUCUUAACCAGAAGAGACUGGACGCCGCCUACGCCAAAGCCAAGAAGCGUGCAGAGAAGAAGGGCAGAACGAUCCCGCCCCGCGAUCAGACGUACUACGACUACUGGGGAUAUCCGUAUUACAUGGCUGGACCGUACAUGUAUCCUAUCUGGUUCGCGCCGGGCAUGUACUACGGGUGGAGUGCGGGAUACAUUGCCGGCUGUGGGACCGGAGCCAAUGGAGCUUGUGCUGCGGGAACUUGCGGAGGAGGUGUUGCUGCGGGUGGCUGUGGUGGUGCUGGGGGAUGUGGAGGGGGAUGCGGCGGUUGCGGAGGGGGUGGUGGAUGUGGUGGUGGAGGAGGAGGAGGAGAGGAGGAGGUGGUGGUGGUGGUUGCGGUGGCGGUGAACGAGGCAUACGUACAACCUCACCUGAAGCAAUUCCCGCAACCCAUUUGUUUUGAAGCCCGCCGCCAUCAAUCCUUGUUCGAGCUCUCAUCAGACACCUCAAGUCGGCUGCUCUCCCGAAGUUUCGACUUCGAACCCAAACACUCCGGCCAAGACCUUCUCAAUCGAAUCAAGCAACUCGAUCCAUGGACAGCAGACCAACUAAGUUUUCUAGACGAAGCACUCGACAAGUUCCUCUUUAAAGUCCUCGUCAAUGACCCGGACACAACAUCAAGACGAAGCAGCGCCAAACCGAACCCAAUAAGGCUAAUCAAGGAAAAACCGCAAAGCAAAGCAUCGAAGCCGGUAAACUCGUUCGUCGCGUUGAGCUACUGCUGGCACUACCCCGGUGCCUGGACCCUUUCUCUCGGUCUGCAACAUGGCAACGCCUCUAUCCCCGAUAACCCGCUUGCGCCGGCAAUGUUCGAAGCUUUCCUUGCUGAGCGGCUCAGUCCAGAGGAGCCGGUGUGGUUAGACCAGUGGUGUAUUGACCAGAACAACGAGGCCGAAAAGAUUGUCGCUAUAGGCGCCAUGGACGCGCUUUACUACAGUGCUCGCGUGGUGGUUGUUUGUCUGGAAGAUGUGAGACUUAGUCCUGCUGAUGCGGCGAUUAUCAUGAAGUUUGCUGGAUGCGUGGAGAGGAAGGAGAAGCCGGAGGGGCCGGAGUGGGAGGAGAAGGAACAAGUGAGACUGUGGACGGCUGUGGAACGGAUCUUCGCUGCGAGGUGGUUCAUAAGAGCUUGGUGCGCGCAUGAGUAUUGGAUGGCGAGGAACAUUGUGUUUCUGACGCCUGUUACUACCGACCCGGGGGCGCAGCCGGGGGAGGUGAAGGCGGUGGAGAUCGUGAGGUUUGAUAAUCGGUUUUUGCAGUUGAUGAACUCUGUUGCGAGUAAGUGGUUUUCGGGGGAGAAUGCGGAUACGGCAAGGAAGAGGGAGAGAUAUCGGAGGGAAGUGGGGGGUGGUGAGGAAGAGAAGGAGAAGGAGGCUUAUUAUUGGGGUGGUCGGGUUCCGGAAACAUAUGAGGAGGACCCGGAGGGGUUCAUCAAGAGGAGGGCAUUUGGGAUGGCGAAUAAUCAGCACCAGAUGGGCGACCCCGAAGGAAAGUUGCUACCGCAAAUCAGCUCCUUCUCCGUCAUCCAGAGUCUCGCUGCGGGUUUUGAGAGGGACAAACUUUCUGUUUGGUUGAAUGCGUCUCGGACUCGCUUGUUUAUCAAGCAUAAUGACCCUCUUUCAGAGGCAGAAAGGGCAUGGAUAGCGACCAUCGUCUCACUGGCGUCAGGAGAUGUCACUGUGCUAGCAGCCGUUGGCACAGCUCUCGCCGAUGGUCACCAGCACGGUCAAGUCGCGAAUAAAGACCCCAGAGAAACAGGGUGGGCAUGCGUACCUGAGGUGGAUGACUACGUCCAUCUCGGCUCGAGUCCUAUCUAUCCUGCUUUGGACGGAAACCCAUCUCUUUCUCCGGACGGACUUGCGAUGGACGCUAUCAUUCUCGAUACCUCGUCCGGGUUGCAGAGUCCUCACCAUACCAGCUUGGCGGCUGCUAAAGGGGCCAUUAGUUGGUAUAGAGAACAUAGGGACAAGGGACCUUCGUCAUUAGCAGCAGAGGCGGAAGGGGGAAAAGCAGAACCGGGCGGAUGGGAAGACAUCGACACCAUCACCCCGCUCUACACCCGUCACCUCACUGAGGCCAUCGCCAUUCUUCUAGAACUGAGCGAUCCUUCCUCCUUCACCUGGACACGCCUCUGCCUUUCUCAAGCGUUUCCUAGACCAGGGUCAAAGUACGCAAAGCUUCUGACUCAUCCGGCUUGCACAUCUUUUCUGGCAGUUGGCUUUCGCGCGCUAUCAGGUGCCAGAGCGUCUUUGAAGUCUGUUGUUAACGACGACGACGAUGAUAUUGCGAACCAGCGAGCAGUUGAAGGACAUCUCACCACCGUCCAUUCCCGAGACCCCGACCUUACCUUCAAAGGCGUCACCGCCUUCCUUGCCGUCGCGGAAGGAAUCGUCCGUACCGUCUGUGGUGGAGCGGCGCAUUACCGCCGAGGCCAGGUAAAUGAGACAUAUAAGUUGCAAGUAAGCGACGCGAUUCCUCACGGCUUAGUCGUGUUUGCGCCUCCUGCUACCCAGCGAGCCAAGUAUACCAUCGCCUGCCCAUUAGCAUUGAGUCAGUUGAGGGAGAUGCAGGUCAGUUAUAUGUACCGGGGAUGGAUUCUUGAACAAGAGGAAGGAAACGAGACAGUUCAGGAGCAUACAGAGGGCAGAAAGAUUCCGAGAUAUAGUCUCAUAGGCAAAACUGCCUUGUUCAUGCCGGUGGGAGGAAGUAUCAUUAAGCAUCCGGAGACGGGGCAGUUGUGCAGGAUGGGAGAUCCGGUUAGGUAUGCGGCUUCGGGAGUCAAUAGGGAGGGAGAAAGGAGGAUGGUGAGGAGGAUUGUGGUUGGUGGCAGCAGCGGCGAUGGUGGAGGAGGAGAAAAGGAAAAAGCAGAGGAAAAAGAAAAUGAAGAACAGACCGAAGAGGUGAUGGGGGUGACGGCGGUGGCGGAGGCGAAGGAAGUUCCCAAGAUAGAUACGGCAAAAUUGGGAUGGGCGAUGAUAGGGCUGGUAGCGAUUCUAUGGGGACUGUUGAAUAGGUGA